CUUGGGGUGUGCUGGGACGAGCUGAGGUACACGGGGGGUGCCAGGGGGGGCACCGGGAUGCCAUGUCAGAGACACUCCCCCCCCUGCCCUGGGACAGGGCAUGGAGGCUCCCCCCCCGCUCCCCCCAUAACCCGGUGUCGCUGCCGGGGGCCUGGGGAAGCAGAGACCCCUGGGCCAUGUGCGAGGGGGACCUUGUCUCUGGUCCCUCUCAAGCUGAGGGGGGGCCGUAUCCGUGGCCAGGAACGCGUGGCCCUGGGGCCGUUCUGCCAUUGUCCUGCCCCAGGCUGCAGGUGCCCUGACUGGGGCUCCUCUUGCCCCCCGGGCACCACGCGGAGACGUGGGAGCUGCAAGGGCUGUCGUGCCUCCCUGCAGAAAAAGACCCCCCGGGAGCAGGCGGCCACCUCCAAGUCGCGUGGCGAGAAGUCCCGGCUGCCCACCAUCGCCGCUGCCCUAGCCAAUGCCGUCCCCGGGCGCCUGCCCGAGGAGGAAUGGCUUUCACUGCUCAGGGCUGAACAGAGGGACAGGGACGCCGGGGACAUCCUCGCAGAGCUCUUGGGCCGCGUGAUGGAUGAGUGCACCAAAGCCGAUAUGGCUCGGCAGACUGUGGCCUUCACCGUGGGCCAGGCACGGGAUGCCCUCCUGCAGAUCAUCCAGUGGCGCUUCCUGGCGCGGGACGAGGGGGAGACGGACCUCGAGGGAGAUAGCAACUGGCAGGAGGACGAGGAGCCCGAGCCCUGCGCCAUUGACUCCUGGGCGCAGGGCUCCGUUCCCGUCCUGCGCGUCCAUCUGUACCCUGGAGAGGGAGAGGUCUCCAGCGUGCGGGCUCCAGGCCAGCACGGAAGGCAGGACCACGCCACGGCAGAUGAGGCCGGAGCUCCCCCCGCGCAGACCCUGUGUCCCUGCCAGGUCACCAGCACCAGCACCAUCCCGCCCGUGCCAGGGCCGUCCUGCCCAGAGCUGCUGCCGGACGAGGCAGCCAUCGCUCCCCGUCUCCCUGAGGGAAAACCUCCCCACACCCGGCCAGCCCCGCUCUGCCUGGCCAGGCCACCAGCCCCCUGCCCGCCCCCAAGCCCGGCCGAGCCCCUGGGGCAGCCGGAGCAGGGACGGUGUCCGCCACGGACCUCCCACGGGGACGUGGAGGGGAGCGGUGCAGCGGUGGUCAGCAGCCACGUGCCACCGCUGCCGCCUCCCUCCUGCACCAGCCUAGUAUCAAUCCGGUCAGGGAGGCCCCUGCGCAGCAUGGGAGCGAAGCGAGAGGGGUCUGGCACCGUCCUGGGGGUCCCCAGGCGGGGUCCCAGCAGCCGGCCUGAGCGCUGGAUCAGGCCCCAGGUGGAGGUGCUGGACACGGAGACCAAGCCGCCGGCAUGUCCCCAGGGUGCCGGCUGGCGCAGCCGGGGACCAGAGCUGGGCAGCUGGCGGCUGCCCCGGGGGCUGGCCACCGCAGGGAGGGGACGGCUCCAGCCACCCCCCCUGGCAUCCCCGCAGCUCCCCGGCCCCAUGCCCCGGCAGCUCAGCUCCUUGCUGGACUCCGCUCGGCUGGCCCCCAGUGUGACCGUCAGACGGGACGGCAGCGUGAAGUGCGGGCUCUGCAUCCCUGCGCACGGUGAGGAGGAGGAGGAGGAGACGGAGGAGGCCAAGCGGGACCUGAGACCCAUCUGCCCCACCGUGCCCUUGCCGGCCAUUGCGGCCAGGCAGGUCACGGGCGAUGGCGAGUGUUGAAGGCAGCACACCCCCCACACCGCCCCGAGGCCCGUGAGUGGCGUAGGGGGUGAACCCCCUGCUCGGCACCAGCCCCCUCCUGGUCCCCACUGCCCCGGCAGUCCUGCCUGGCUCCUCGCCGUGUCCCAUGCGUUUCCCAGGAUCAGCUCCGCUGCUCACAGCAGCCCCAGCGUGAGGAUGCAGCUGGGUCGGGUUCCCCCGGGCUCCCCAUGUGCCGUGUCUCCACUUUGGCAGGGCAGCCGCUGCCCCGGGCAGGAGCCACAGUGCUGUGGGAGGCUGGCGGUGUCCCAUGGGCUUCCCCUCCGUCCUCCCCCUCGCACCCCAGGGAGCAGACCUGCCUGAUCCCAGAGCUCAUCUGCUGGGAAACUGGCUCCAGCAGCUCCGUGGCUGGGUGUUUGGCUGGGUGCU